AUGAUUCAAAGAUUCACUUGCGUCCCCGCCGAAGAAUACGAGGCACUUGUCGUAACCAACGGUAGCGUCGACCAGGUAGAAUCGAGUAUAUGCAAAAUCAACGACCAAUGUCAUGAUUUUACAAGGUGUACCAUAGUGUAUUUUGACAAUUUGAGAGAUCUUUUUACUCAUUUGCAACAUAAUGAGAAUACCACCUACCACGGAAAAGUUCUUUUCAUGUUUUUCAAUGGUCUUGAAUACGUCCAAGAAAUCCUUGGCGAUCUCAUUGACAACUACAAUGACCGGUGGCAGCCACGGUCAAUUCCCUACAACUAUAGCUUGACCCUGAUCGUCAAAGCUGGCACCGACGCACAAGGUGCGGCUGCAAGAUCUGGCACUGCUGCAAGCUGCAUGGAGCGUCUUGAUAAUGCAUAUUUCUACUUUGACAGCUCUGUGUGCAACCAAGGAGAUGCUGUCGAUACCCUGUUUCUUUCCAUCGUGUGCAUUGCUCAAGAUAUAUUGAAAAAAUCAGCAUACCUCAUAGGCAGAAUCCGGGGCCUUUUUAUAGAUGACGCAAAUCUCGCGGGAGAAAGGGUUUAUCCACUUCACAGUUUGUUCCGGAACUUUCCCGCUAUUGAGCGAGUCGAGCUCACCAGCGCUGCCUCAGUAGCAUUUAAUGAUUUGGUAUUAUGA